AUGUGUUUAUUUCUGUCGAAGAAAAACCCCCAAACGUCUCUGUGCGUAAACCCCUCCCGCUCCCGGACUGGGCGUGCGUCAGGAGCGCAGGUGAAAUCCUCUCCAUUCCCAACAGACCGCCUCUCCGAGAGGUCCGCGGUGGAGAUUCAAGACAGGAGCAAGAUCAGGAAGUGUAAGCUGGUGCUCAGGUGCGUCUGUAAAUCUGACCGCUCAGGAGUGACAGAAGACAGAGAGGGAAAAAAAGAGGAAGAGAAGAAGAAGAAGAGAGGAAGAGAGGAGCGCGGAGACGGAAAGAACCUGGAAAAGUUACGGAUGUCCCACUGA